UUUCGCUCUUGACGCACUAUGGCAAAGUUAUCAGGAUAAAACACUACAGACAAAUUUACAAAAGUUUCUUGUUACUGAGGAAAUAGAGCAGCUGACAGGUGGUGAAGUGAGAUUGACUGUGGACAUCGACGAAGAUGAAUACAGAAAUGCCAGGUUGGAUUUGAUGUUAUCAGGAAUAGAAGGUAAUUUCACCUGAAAUAGUCCCGCCAUUGUGCAUGACUCCUUGUGCGAGAUGAAUUAGAAACGUCUCUUGUUGUAUCUCAUAACGGUACGAAUCAUGGCAUCUAGAAGAUGUGAUUUGGAAAUUAAAGUUGUUGCAUUACGAUCUAUCUAAUAUUUUUCCUCGUAUACGAUUUAUUGAAACGCGUCACGAGACUGUAAAUGAACCAGCUCAUACAUAACCAUCCAGUUCUAUACUCUAGCUGAUGUUUCUUGAUUUAAUCUUACCUUUCGUGAGAUAACAGUAAUAGAUUGAAAUUGCAUUCAAUUUUGGCGCGAAUGAAGAGGCAAAUUUGCGUGUUGACAAAGGACAAAUAUACGGUUACAUCUUUAGCCAAGUGGGGUUGGGGGAAGUUACCAGGUGAGCUUUAAGGAUAAUUGUGUUUUCAUUAAGUUUUUUUCCGCCCUUCUCCAAGACAUCAUGCACUACGCCUUAUCAUUAUUGUGUACGGGUUGAUUAUAUCUACAUGAGCUAGAAUUCCUCUGUUCUUUUGGAGGAGAAUCGAUUUUAAUACUUCUAAAUUAUUUGAUAAGCACUCUUUGUUCGCAAACGUACUUCCUUAUCGCUAACAUAAAUUGUUUUAAGUCCAGAUAUUUGGGUUUGCAAAAAGAUCCAUGGUGCAAUAAUUGAAAUUGUAGACUUGGUAUAUUUCAUCUUUUUCAGCCUGAUCUGUCGCGUGGGUUUAAAGAAUACCUGUGAAUCGCAACAUCACUUUUUGUGUUUCUUUGGUCGACCGAUAGAUUGAGCUGGGAAAGAGUGGUUGCUCAUAAUCGAUCAAAAUGUCCAACGGGUUGUUCUUUCUCUUCACGUAGCAACAGCCUCUCGAUUUAUUAUCCAAAUGACAACCGCAAUUCCUCCGCGAAAAGAGCACUGUGAUAUAAAAAUCAUUGACUUUAAACGAGUCGAUAUUUCUGUUUCUAAAACUCAUUCGAAAAGUAACUUUGAGUUGUGCUCAAAAAUGCAAUUUUCAGACAACUUAAGAGCAAAUGUGGCCAAAAUCGAACUUUUUCAAAAUAUAAAGGCAACAGCCAAAAAAUCAAUUCGGCUCAUAUGCUCAAGUUAGGUAGGCCUUAGAGAGAAACAAACUUCCUUUGGUUGAAUAUCUCUUUGUUUUCGGGAAAAUCGAUAAUAACUGAGUUCCGCAAAAAUCCCGCCUAUGAAGCUCAAAAUUUCAGGCGAAUCUCGGAGCGUCGCGGGAAGAAGAGGUAUAAAUAUAAAUCUGUGGGACGUCGGCUAGUUAAAAAAUUUCAGUGAAAAUUGUGGUUUGGACCUUUAUACAGCUUUUUUAUACACUUUGCUCUAAUGCACAUCUGCAGUAAUGGGCUAUGCCCUUUGCAGAUCUUUCGCUUUAUCCACCUUAAUCAAUAAUUAAAAAAAUACCAUGAUUCAUUUAAUCUUGAGACGUUUAAUUAUGAUCGGGGUUUAGAUGAUUGUUUGCUCCUGUUUCGCAUAUUUAAAACUUGACCUAAGUUCCAGAAGCCACAUGUUUUACACUCCAAUGUACUAUUUUUUGAAGAGUUAUCGAUUUCAGUAGACCUCAUUUUAUCCAACUUAAAAAUUUGAGUAAAUCGCGCUGAAUCAUUUCCCAAAAAAAUCCUUUUAAGGUCGAAAAGAACUACACUUUGCCUUCCAAAAGCCAGAUUUUCAGCUAAUUAUUUUGUGUGGCACAUAGGUACAUAACGGGUUACUUUUAACCUAUUUUUUAUGUAGUCAGAAGUUGGUUGGAAAAAUUCAAUUCCCUUGUGUAAAUAAAUCGUCAAGGAUUGUUCAAAUUGCCGACAAAAUAUAUUUUGAUGCUGUUUUUUAAGAUUUAGUACUUUUUCAUCAGUCCAGAUAGUUUUUCAAUUUGUGACGCAACGCUCCGAGAUUCGCCAGAAAUUUUGAGCUUCAAAAGCAGCAUUUUGGUGGAAUUCAGUUAUCAUCAAUUUUCUCGAAAAUAAACGAUAUUCAGCCAAAAGAAGUAUGCUGUGACUUAUUUCCCAUUGAGACUUAAUAAACUUUGAAAUAUGGGUGAAAUUAAUUUUUCUGCUGUUGCCACCAAAUGUUUGACCAUUAGUGACAUUCGUUCUAAAGUUUCACUUACGUUUUGGGUUAUUUGUCUCUCGGAUAUAUAUGAUUUAUUUCCGAGAGCUUGAUGAUCAUCCAAGUGAGGAAGGAUGCUCAAUGUCUCAAUUCUCUUUUGCAAAUAAUGUGGAGCCCACCGCUUCAUUCAACAUUAUAUUGCUUUUUUUGACUAUAAAUUUUAGAGAUGAAACUUGAAAAGGAAAGAGGAUUAAAACAACGGGCAAGUUCUGAUUCAGACCUUCUGAAAGAACGAAACAUGACCACAGCCAAUACAAGAGAUCCUUUUCCAGAGAGGGAGUUUUUACCAUUUGACAGAAAACUGCGUGUAGAAGAAUAUUUGGAAAAUCCUCAAGAGCCCUCCAGCGAAAUCACACUACCGAGUGAUAGCAGAGCUGGGACUUUGAGUAGUGCCACUUCUGAAUAUGGAUUUGACAAAGGUGAAAGUGAUUGUUAGUCUCCACUGAAUGAUAAUUCUUAAUAGAAUAGGUAUGAGUUGCCGAGAAAUAUAGCUUGAUUCUCGCUGAGUUCUUAUCAUUGAAUGUCUUUCCCUCUCGGCUACGCGAGUCAAUUGUAAUGUGACCAUAGAUGUUGAUGUCAGAAACCUUACUUUCGUGUUAAUAGACUUGUCGGUUACUUGAGAAAACGCCAGAAUCGUUACAGAACUGGCCUUUUUACUUUGAUGAUAGUUGGGUGUAAAGACUGUCUCGAGAAAAUGUAGCUCAGGUAUGAAAGUACAUCCUCCAACACUCACUCGAACACGAAGGACAAAAAGACGCAUGUGGCGCAUGAGGAAUCGAGUCUCAGAUAUUUGAAUUCCGGGGCUCAGAUCCACCACUGAGACUCUGCGUUGAGUUUGGCCAUGAAGUGGUUGGAAACUUAGAUUUCUUAUAUUUCUUUAUCGAUUUCUUUGCCGAGUUCAAAACUUAUCAUCUUCUUAAUCUGUUCAUAAAUCCUCAGGAGACAGACUUGAAAAGCUCGACCAGGUUGAAGGGUUAAUCAAAGAUGUCAUUGAGAAUUGGGACAGCAUUCAGGAAGCAUGCAGAGAUGCAUACCCGUUCGAAGGUUAUAUGAUCAAUUGAUUAUUUUCAACGAAUUAAUCAUACUUUUAAUUAGUUGAUAAGAUGAUUGACUUUUAAAGCUGUUACUAUCACGGACAAUACAAAUUUUCAUUUGAAAAAAAUACACACGAACAAAGGGCUAUCUAGAUGAGGGUUUAAUACUAGUUUAAUAUUCUUGUGCAAUGGAAAUUUAGCGCCUCUUCUUUCUGUUGGAUUUCGCCUGGUGGUCAUGCGUGGCUGUGGGUUAAAGUUAGUUCAUAAAAACUGCGAGGCUUGUACAGGUUCUAAUCGAUAAUGAUAGUGAGUUCCAAAAGACAGGAGCAGUAUGAGUGAGGCACGAUCCCCAAGCGUAAAGAAGUUGACUCUUGGAACGAACAAAAGACGAAUAGAAGAGCAUAAUUAGCAGCUGAUGACAAUAGUUCUUUAAUAUAGGGUGGACUACGACUGUUUCACGAAUUGGAGACCAUUCUGUUUGAUAUGAAUUUGAGACUCAGAAAUAUUACAUCCUCAAUUUUUUCCAGGACGUAAAUAUCGUAGCAUAGGGAAAGAAUUGGAAAAUAUCAGAAUGACUCUAGGAACCUGGAGAAAGAUGGAAAAAGAGUGGAUGAUUGCAGGUCAGUCUCAUAAAAAUCGAAUGGUUGACUCUAGAACCGUCACCAUUAGUUAAUUUAGGGAUGGUACUUUAUUAUGACAGAGUGGCUAUGGGUUAUACUAUGUACUCAUCGAUUCAUUGGGCGAAACUGACCGAGAGCCAAAUAUUUACCCUUUCAGCUUGAUCAAACUUAAACAGUAAGCAUUUUAUCAUAUGACCACCAAGUGUUGAAAAUUUCAAAACUUUCGUUUCAAUUUAAAAAGGACGUACUUGUGUACAAAAGAAGGGCGAACUGGACGACUGAUAUCAAGAUUUUACUGUAAAUACUUUUUACCGAUGAGUCAGAGCAAGAAAUUCAUAGUUCACUGAGAAGCGCAACUCAUUUCCUCAUUUGUUUUACUUCAAGUUGAAGUUCACAAUUUUAAACCGCGUUGUUGGAAAAUACAAAAUAGCCGUGUGAGUAGCGGGCCGGACGGUUUUUCCGGACCGGCUUUCAUUAUGGUUUUCUUUGGGAUUGCGUGCGUGAGGCCGUCAUGUGAUAAUUCUACGUGUUACGUAGCUGACAGCGCCCAUAGGCAAGACGAAGCGAUUCCUGGCUGGCCGAGUGGACAUAACAGGUCUAUUUUACCCGCUUGUGAUUUCUCACUUUAAUUCCGCCCCAGUAAAAAAAAUUGAGAGCUUGUGCAGCUUUCUAAUUAAUUUUAAUCAACGUUUUUGACGUUGACCCAUCAACAGUGUAAACCUAUUAAAUCCGCUGUUUUUUUCCAAUUUGUCAAGUAAUAUCCAGCACUCAAAAAAAACGAUUUAUUCUUGAUUCUCAUUGAAGUCGGCGAGAUCUUUUUGCUAUACAAUAAAUAAAUCCUUUAUUGCCCAACAGUCAAAGCGCCCUCAUUUGGAAUUUGUUUUUUAAUCAGUAUUGGCGUGACCCUUAGCAUGUUUGGAGCAACUUCAGAAUACCCUUCAACUCAUUUACAUGUCAUUGAAUAAGAAUAGCGUCUAUUGUGUUAUGCCUCGAUCUUCAAAGCCUCCCGACACAUGUAAGUGAGGCGGACCAAAGUUGCGGGGUAUUCUGAAGUUUAGCCGCAUGUUUAUUCUUACUCAGUGGCCUCCACAUUCCAUAUACGUUAUAUUGUUCAGCUGAAAGGUCAAGUUAAAGGUCAAGAUGAGUGGAUAUAAGUCUCGUUCAUUGGCUGCGGUCCAUAAAACGCACAAAAAAAAGAAAAAAAAAAGAAAGGAAAAUCUGCCAAUAUCCAGUCAUCUUGACCUUAAAGUGGUCAAUAACGCGUAUGGAAUAUGAAUGAGAAUGAGUUCGAAUAAACCUGUUAAAAAUCAUGGCAUUACUAAAGCUCUUGCAAAUUAGGACACUCUUUAUGAAUCAUAUUUUACAGUAGGUAUCGCUGUAUAUUUAUUUGCCUUUGGAUCUGAACAAACACAGGCAUGGCGCAGAAUGGCCGGACAUGUUUAAUAUUCAUACCUCAUUAGCAGUGCAUUAGCAUAACAGCAACGCGAUGGAGCGCAAAAUUUGAAAGCCGGUAAUCAACAUUUUAAAGGAAAUGGCGCCAGAAAAAAACGAACACCUAACUUUAAUUUUCAUUCUAAAUGGGUCUCAGUUGGAAAAGUCAACACUUGUAGGCUGCAAAAUCAAGAUGGAAGUACACUUAUUUAAUCGAGACGCUCACGAGAAGGACACGACUUCUAAAAACUAUUGAAAAUUUGUGUUAAAAUGUGAAUGAUUUUGUAACCAUUCUACCGUAGAUAACAAUUCAAAACUGUUUAAUUUCUAUUUUAAAUUUCUAGUUUCUGAUCCAACUUUUUAUGAACUUGUAACUUUCAAAAGUUUCUUUAUAAAGGAAAUACAGAUACUAAGCUUGAAUAUCAAGAAUAGCGGAAAAGGAUUUACUUGGAAUUUGCGCUCGCUGUAUUUCGUAUCACAUAAAGAGCAGAAAAUGAGCCAUUUUGCUCAUUAAUAUACAUGUAUUCAGCUUCUCUAAGUUCCUGAAUCUUGUUUUAGCGCCGCCUUCGCCGCUCCCUUGGGUGUUCACUAAUGGCUAAAAUGUACUUUUCAGUCUGCCGGAUUUCGUUGUGAUCUCUGACGAACAUUUACGAUUGCAGCCGACUGUCAGAGUUGUAAGCUAUCACCAGAGAGAGGAAAUAUGUUUGGGACUCGGAGUGGUGAUUCAAUGUGCAGAUAGAUAUUUGACGUUGUAACCAGCUUUGCCCAUGUUCUGAGUAAUCUUUCAAAUCCUGCACAGUGGAAAGAGAAAGAUGAGUGCUGGAGAAUUUCACUCGUGAGACAGCUGCCUAAUUGAUAUUUUUGUGGCUGUGUAAAAAGUCAAGCGCCGCUGCGAAAAUUUGAGGUGCGGCCAAAACUAUUUCAGCCACCAAAUUUGUCUAGCACAGGAUAAAAGGAAACAAUGAUAGAAUAAUAUUUAUAAAUGACAGUAUUUUUGUCAAAAAACGAAAAAACAAAACAACAACUACAAUAUUUACCAUUCAUCCCUCUUCUGGCAGUUGAUUCAUUUGAACUUGCAUGAGGCCUCUUAGAAUCAGUCGGCCUUUUAUUGGAAUAAGUCUACUGAUUAAAAACACCUAAAACAGCAAAACAGCAAACCCUGAGCAAUCAUCACAUUUUUGUCAGAUAGUUUGUUUUCAGUAUCGUGGUUAAUUAUUCUGUAUUCGUAAAUAUUGUUUUUCUUUUUUGUUACAUUGUAGAACCUAUUUUGACAUCGUCAAGCAGGGCUGAAGCUGUUAUACAACAAUUGAAAAACUCUCUACAGCUAGAUCAAGGCUUUUUCGAAAAUCCAACCAGAGAGGACAAAAGAGCUAUCCGUGUCUUGGCAAGAAAAGCCAAAAAUUUAAAGCGACUCGACGUGUUUAGAUACUUAAAAAUGAUCACACCACCAGGAACAACAGGUAUGUUGUGUAAUAUCAUUUCCUUCAAUCCUUCUCAAUAUUUAUCAAUUGAUUUUUGAGCAAUCAUAACCAUGAUGCCUUGUGAACAAAAUAGUCAGAAGGCCUUUAACUUCAAACUCUUUUUAAUCCGUGAAAUUUAAGUAGGAAACAAUUUGCAUAAAAAAGGAACAAUUGUAAGUUUGCAAGACAUCUUUGGAUAUUGCUUAUGUCAUGUUCAGUUGCAGAAUAAUUUCCUUGUUUCUAUUUUAAUCUAAAUUUGAAUAUAAGUUAUCGAGUUACAACGUUAUAUUACGCAAUAUAGAUUCGUAAACUACUUGAAUAAAAUACAAGGGAAGUACGGAAGGCAAACGUGGUAUUUUGAAGUAACCCAGGAUAAAUCAAAACAGAAAAUACUUUCCGUUAAACUAAUUCGCACUAACUUGCUUUUAAAAGUUUUGAAUUAAGAAUAGACUCGGCGGGGGAACCAUUUCUAGAGAGGAAAAUUCUUUUCCUGGUUUGGCCGAAACAGACAUCAUCUAUUCCUCUGUUCCCUUGAAAACAAGCAGCCUUCUGUUUCGAACCAGUUGUGGAGCAUGAAAGACAAUCGUAUUGUUUACAAAAAAAUGACUGCGGGAAAACUGGGCUACUGAUCUUCUCGCUAACUAGCUAAGAAAAAAGUAUCAGUUGGGUUAAUGAUAAAUGGUGUAAUUAUUCCGUUUCGCUCAACGAAAGCUGAAAAGAGAAAUUUAGUCGCGAAAAACAACGAAGUUCAAAGUUCUUAUCAACACAGCGAAAAAACGCGAGCGAGAGGCAAUACACGUGAUGAAAGAAUCAACAAUGAUAAUGAAGGAGGGGGGGGGUCCUCAUGAAUUCCAUAAAUCUUAGUUGCGAAUCAUUUGACUCGUGUGGUCGAAUCUUUAUUACGAUUCUAUGUUUGUGUUUAAAGCCAUUGAGUCAAAGUCAGUAUUUAUUUUUAAGGCGAUUCUUCUUUUCUUUCAGGUCCUCAGUUACCUGAGAAUAUGCUCAUCAAGGAGAUGCCAGAAAAAAACAAAUACUAUCUUUCAACAUUUCUUAAACGUAAGUAAUUUUUUUGUGAAGUAGUCGUGAAGCAAGAGCCACUACAAGGAAAUACAUUUAUUCAAUGGCCUGUGGCAUGUCCCAGGCUUUCGACGUUCACGGUGAUAACAACUUUUUUCGAAUCCAGCCUGGAUUAAGGUGACCCAGUUUAAGACGUGGGUGCUUCCAUCUGCGACCUAAUGGUAACCGGCCGAGAGACACAUUCCCUUUGUAGUCACUUUUAUUGAACCAGUAAACUUGUGGAGUCACCCCGUAUCAUGUAAUGGACCCCUUUGCACAUUUUUUCAGUCUCAUACUUUGUAUUGCUUCUUUGUCUCUGUUCAUCAGGAAAACAAUAGUCGCAAGGCGUUUUAACAACACAUAAAAAACUAUAUAUCACCAAAAAAAUUAUUAAAUUUGGUCUUCUCGUUUAAAUAAGAAAUAUUGAAACAGCAGAAAACCUUCUGUUAUCACUAAUGAGUCUGGAAUAGUGUCUCUACUUUUACAACUACUCUACCAAAGUAGGUUGAGUGCAUCACAUAGACCCAUACUAGAAAUAACACCAUACUGCAGAUAUGUUAUUCUUUUUCAUUACAAUGGUCCAUGAGGAUAAUCCUACUAGCAAUUCAUAAAGUAGGUCACUCAUAUAACUUGAUGGUCUAGUGGGCGUUAAAUUAUAAACAAGUCAUAUUCCACGACGCACAAUUAAGAUGAAUGUUUGUUUUCUCUAUUCCAAAGUUCAGGGUAUAGCGGAGGAACUGGAUUUGAGACUAGAAAUGAUGAGAAGCCGAGAGGGCGCUUUCGUAAUCGAUGCUCUCACCAACCGACACGACUUAAGAACAGUGGGUGAGCUGCAUGACUUUUUAUGUGAACGUGGGCUGUCUUACGAUGCCGAUCUUAUCUUCUUUAUAUAAAUCUUUAAAUAUCUCAACGCUAUCAGCCCACGUGGAUCUCUCGAUCUCAUGUUUUCUUACUCUAUCCUAUGAGAUGAUGAAUCAGCUCACCCUUACCACAGGGAACGGAUGAUUUGCUGCUAAAGUCAGUCAUACUAAUUUGACAUAAUUAACUAUUCCUAUAAUUCCUCCGACUGAGUCAGUUAGGUAGAGUUGGUUAUUAUAAAAAGUUAUGUUAGUAUCGGAAGGUAAUUUAAUAUUGCGCAUAAUUAAAGUUGGCAUUAAAUUUUCUCUACAUACAUAGAUACAUCAACUUUAUUUAUACACGACGAAUGAUAAAAGCUAAACGCUUAUGGGAUCAUUUGUUUAGUUAUCUAAUAAAAUUAAUAAGAAACUUAAUAAAUAGCUUAAGGCUCUUAACAAAUACUAAAAUCUCAAGUAAAUACAGUUGUAAUAUCUUAAAAUCCUAAAAAAUAUCUAAAAUCCUGAUUGCUAAAAUCAACUGUAGAAGCUGAUUCUACUUUAAAAGUGAACUCUGUGAAAUCUUUAAUUUUUCUUAAUCUAGAGCUGAUAGUUCUACGUGGCUCAGAAGUAAUAUCAGAGUUUUUCGAUGUGAUUGCAUUCCAGAGGAUUGCCCCCCCUGUAAUAGAUUGCUGUAAAUAACCAGAUGUAAAUCUAGGUACAACAAUACUAUCUGUUCCCCUAAAUGCAUAACACGACACCCUCUUGUUAAUGAUACUAAUACAUAACACUUAAAUAGAAAUUUUCCAGUACACUCUCGGGAAGAGAUCUUGAUUUUCUCAGCAAGUUAAGCUUGCUUGCGAAGCUCUUUUUCACUUCUGACAAGUAUGGUGGCCAUGUCAGUUUGUUGUCGACUGUCACUCCUAGUAAGCGCGAUUUUUCAACCCAUGUUAUCAAGGAGCCCGCCAUAGAAACAGGCGAAAUAGGUCCGAUAUAAUUAGUCAUGAGUAUAGCCUCGCAUUUUUUAGGGUGUGGUGUGAGCCUGUUUAUGAGACACUGACUGGGUCCCAGAUUCUACUCUCAUUAGUAACUUACGUUAGUUUUCUAGCCGACGCUGGAAAUCAUUACCUAUAAUUAUUAUUUUAAAUAGUGCUUGUCUUUGAAAUGGUAGUAGCAGUAAAAUCUCACGUUUACAUGGUGUUUCCAUCGGGUUAGAACUUACUUGAAGGAAUUAAUUAAACUAACUACGCUAGCUAGAAAAACCGAAAACAAAACUGUAGUCAAAGUCAAACCUGCUUUUCAAGAAUACCGUGUAUGUUAAUGUUGUACUAAAAAAGUAGACGAUCUCAGUUUCAAACAUCAGUUUUCUCAAUUUCAUUCCAAACUCACUUAAGGAGUUGGACUGUUUGAUUUAUUUAUUUCGGGAAGCUUUUCCAUAGCACAGUCCUGCUAAAGCUUAAACUUCGUUUACAACAAUUAAACGAGUUUUAUCUUUGACCCGUUCAUAUAUAAACGAGCUGUUGUAUUUUCAAACCAUAGAGGUGCGAGAGUUUGUUUUCCGACCAGCAAUUAUCAAGUGCGAGUUCAUGGACGUAUUUGACCAAAAGAGGGAAAGCCGAUAGGCUUUAUCAUUACACUAACAUUCCGGUGAAAGAUUAUUUGACGGGUCUGGUAGCUUCAAUUCUCGGCAAAAUGUUCAGGACAUCAACGACAAAACGGCUGAAAAAAAUAAAUCCAAACCGAAUUCAUUCAUUAAGGCUGCAGUUGGUUUCAAUAUUGCUUGAGCGGUUGAGGAAAAGCUAAGAGAGUCGUAAUUGGUAUAUACAUAUAUGUUAUUUGCCGGCUGGGAGGUCCGUAUGGUGAAAAACUGUGACCGAGGUCACAGUUUUUCACCAUACGAACCGACCCUUAGCCGGUAAAGAACAAAUUUAUUUUUUUUAAACUCGACGAAAUUCUUUCCGAAAGAACCCGAAUGAUUUAGGGCUGUAAAUACGGCACGAUCUUCCAUGAACUGAACAAUUUUUGAGCGAGUAAAUGGUGGUUAAAAUAGAGGUGAUGCAAAUUCAAGAGAGAUGCCUCAGCGAAACAUUUUUAUUUCCGUUACGAUAAAGGUGAUUUAAAAGGCUUCUAAACAAACUUUGAAACAUUAUUUUUACAACUAUAUGUCAUAAUCUGACACCUGUCAAUUAGAGAGCGCGUAACAAAAAAAUGCGUAAGAACAUUUGAAAAACAACGGAAAUAGUUUGGCGAGGACUGUCUCUGAUUCGCUCCUGUGAUUGAAGGGCUACUUUAUGUUGAAGAUUUCACCACUAACUGAUUUUUGCGUACAUGACCGUACAUGGAAUUUAUUUGCACUUGUAGUAGUAUAGUCAACUGAAAAAUUAAAUUAAUAUGACAAAGAAGGUUAUUACACAUGUCGAUUUCGGUUGAAGCGACGGGAAAAAUAUUAUACUUACAAUUUGUGUUCCAUAUGCGGCUAGUAAGCUUCGAAGUGCGAUCUGUGGUGACACUUUUGAAAUGUAAGUUGCGUAACGAACUACUAGGUUUUUAAAUAAUUAGUCACCUGAUCUAUUUUUGCCGCGUUGCGCUAAGAUAAUUAAAUAUUCACACAAAAAAUGACAAACGGCUUGAGAAAUGCAAAGCAGUCUCGACAAUGUUUUCUUCAAAAACAGUCAAUGAUCUAACGGAAAGUAUUAUUCAGUCUCAUCGACGAUUCAUUCGCGUACGAAGAUUUACCUCUGUUCAUUAAGUAAACGGCGAGGAAAGUAAUUGUGAGUAAAUUAAAAUUUUUUAUUUUGAAGUUGUGAGAGUUUGCUCGUUUGUUUGCUGCAAUGGCGUGUGUAAAUCUUGUCUUUCCUUCACAAAAACUAAAUUCGAAUGGAACACUCCAACAAGACACAAGGGGAUUUAAUGCGGCCUUUCCUCAAAAAGGUCCUUCAGUUUCUGUCGUGCAAUUUACGGUACAAAUGUCCAAAUUGAAUGGACCUGGAAAGACUCACCGAGAGUGUAUAUUUGUUGUAGAACUUCAAUUAAAACUUCGCUCGCUCUUUUCACUACGAACAAAUUGCUUGAGAAAAUUCAGGUAUUAAAUGAAUGAAAGUUCCAUUGUUUAACUGUAACGAAAUACCUCACGUUUUAACUUUCUAGGUACUUUUUGUGGACGAUUAAAAUAAACUGCAGACGGUUUUUAGGCCACUUGUCAACCAACGUAAUGACGCUACUGUUUGUAAAAAUUCAUUCUGAAACCAAUUUUUUUCUGUCAACCAAAGUGAUUUGAGAGAGAGAAAAGAGAGGAUUCAUAAGUAAUUUAUCGGCUUGAGGUAGUAACCGACUUGUUUGCUUAAAAAUACUGCCCAGCCGGAAAAACGAGAUAUAUUUAUGAAAAUGGCAACGAGAUUUGGAAUGUACUCGGCGAUUCACGAAAGCGUUACCGUGGCCCGUGGGCAGAGAUAAGAAAAUACUGACCGGGUAAAGAACCAAUCAGAUUGCAGGAUUCGUUACCGUGCCCUCUUUAAAAAAAUAAAUACAUAUAUGAAAUGUGUUUAAUCUAUUGUGAAAAAAAAAUACUUGUACAUAUUUUUUUCCACAAUAGAUUAAACAUAUUUCAUAAAGCCUUUUUCUCCAAACAAGUUCUGAUCAGAAUAGUAGAUGUUCGCAUGGCAGAUAAUACCUAAACUAUAUAUUUGCACUUUUUAUCAGUCGUCGAUGAAUAGUUUGUGAAGCUUUCGACGCGCAU